GGAACCUGUCUCUUAGGGGCAAAACCUAAACCCGGUGAUGAACCUGCUAGCAUGCCGCUCCUAGCCGGUUGCUAGCUCCGCCAAACAGCUUGUUUUAGUUUAGUUUUGGACAAAAUGUCUCAAACAAACUCCGGAAGCAGCGAUAAUGUGAGCGAAUAUUCAGCGCUGAAGGAGGAACUGAACAGAAAGGUGAAGGAGCAGAAGAUUAUUGUGGACGAGCUUUCUAACCUGAAGAAAAACAGGAAAGUUUACAUCCAGCAGAGGAACAGCAACGUUUUCUUCCUGGCCGACAGAAAUCAGACUCUGAGUUCCUGUAAAAAGGAGUUGGACUACAUGACGAAGGAGCAGCAGGACCUAUGAGGUCAUCACCAUGUGCGGGAUCUUCUGCCUGCUGAGCCGGUCCGCGGCUCCGGAGGAACGGGACCAGGCGGUCCUGGAAGCUCUGCAGAGGAGAGGACCGGACUCCAG